GGAGAAAGCAAACAAUUUUCAGGCCCGCCGCGUCUAGCAAAAAAUAUGAGAAAAAAAUUAUUAAAAAUUCAGAAAAGAGCUGAAAGUGAAGAAAAAGUCAACAGAAAGGAUGUUAAAGCGUCCGGGAGUCCGGACUCCGGGCGCUGCUGAGCUCUUCAGACUGGACCCAGUCCUCCUGUCAGUCCUCGCCGGGCCUCGCGCUGCUGUCCAUGUAGCCGCUCUGCCGUAGGCUGCCAUGGCCACGGGAACCCAGGGCCACCGCGACCACGUCCUGGAGAGAGCCAAGCUCGCACCAUCCACGGGGCGGCGCCGACGAGCCGAAGGGAAGCCCAAGAAGAACUUCCCCUGCCAGGAGUGCCAGAAAGCCUUCAACAGCCUGGAGAAGCUGAAGGUGCACUCGUACUCGCACACCGGAGAGCGGCCCUACCGCUGCUCCCACCCCGACUGCACCAAGGCCUUCGUCUCCAAAUACAAGCUGCUACGGCAUAUGGCAACGCACUCGCCCGAGAAAAACCACAAGUGUUCAUACUGUGAGAAAAUGUUCCACCGCAAGGAUCACUUAAAGAACCACCUGCACACCCACGACCCGUACAAAGAGGCCUUCGCCUGCCAGGAGUGUGGGAAGAGCUACAACACCAAGCUGGGCUUCAAGCGCCACCUCGCCCUGCACGCCGCCAACAGCGGCGACCUCACCUGCCAGGUGUGCCUGCAGCCGUUCCCCAGCACGGGCGUCCUCCUGGAACACCUCAAGACGCACGCCGGCAAGUCCUCUGGGGGGGCCAAAGAGAAGAAGCACCGCUGCGAGCAUUGCGAGCGCCGCUUCUACACCCGCAAAGACGUGCGGCGCCACAUGGUGGUGCACACCGGGCGCAAGGACUUCCUGUGUCAGUACUGCGCCCAGCGCUUCGGCAGGAAGGACCACCUGACGCGCCACGUGAAGAAGAGCCACGCCCGCGAGCUGCUGAGGGUGAAGACCGAGCCGGCCGACCCGCUGGAGCCCGCCGUCUACGACCCGGCGUCCGGCGCCGUCAAGGGCGAGCUGCCGGGGAUGCUGUACGGCGGCCCCGUCCUGGACGCCGAGCCCUUCCCCGCCCCCGCGCACCCCUUCUCCCUCAAGUACCCCCUGGGCCCCCACUUUACCUCAUUCCCCGCCCCCCAGGAGCGGGACCAGAACCUGAAGGGAGAACUGGAGACCUACCUGAUGGAGCUGCAGGGCGCCGGGCCCUCCUCGUCCUCCGCCGCCCCGGAUCAGCUCUCCUCCAAGCUCCACCUGGUGCCUCAGGUGAGCGCGCUGGAGGACGGCGGCGGCGGCGGCGCGGAAUCCUCCCCGCCCAAAACGGCUGCUGCCGGCGACUCUCUGAUGGACUUCUCCCAGCUGUUCAACUUCCUGCCUCUGAACGGGCCUCCGUACAGUCAGGUGGGGGGGGGCGGGGGACACGGCGUCUCCUUCCCACUCAGCGAAGAAACCCCCCCGCUGGUCCAGCUGCCCCCCCCGGCCCCCCCGGCCCCCCCGGGCCCCGAGGCCGCACAGAGUCCGCUGCAGGGCCUGCCCCCCUCCUUCAUGUCCAGCCUGAGCGCCCCCACCACCCUGCCCCGCUUCCACCAGGCCUUCCAGUGAGACACACCGCCGGGACACCGGGACAGACACACCGGGACAGACACACAGGGACAGACACACAGGGACAGACACACAGGGACAGAGACACAGGGACAGACA